AUGAGGGCUGCAGGCAGGAUUGAGAGGCUGACGCACUUCUGCGGCACAGAUCCAGUUGUAGACACACACAAAGGUCCUGUGGUUUUCUUGGGGAAUCAUCAGCUGGCUUCUGUUGUGACAGAUGCUCUGAGCAUCCAUCUUAAACAACAAGGCGGGCGUAGUAAAAGGCAUGUUGCUUUUGGUACUGCCAGUGAUGAUGAUGAUGAUGCAAUAAAGAAGAGGCAACAGGAUGUGGUGAGGUUUCUAGAAGCCAAUCGCAUAGAGUUUGAAGAAGUGGAUAUCACCAUGUCAGAGGAGAAGAGACAAUGGAUGUAUAAAAAUAUUCCAGAGGAUAGGCAGCCUGCACAAGGCAAUCCACUGCCUCCACAGAUAUUCAGUGAUGAUCGGUACUGUGGGGAUUAUGAUGGCUUUUUUGAAUCAAAGGAGAGCAACACUGUAUUCUCCUUUCUUGGACUGAAACCUACUUUGGCAUCAAAGGAGUCAGAGCCCUAGAAGGCCCAUGUGAAGUAUCAACAAGCACAUUCCUGAAUGAGUGACUCUAUUCUUCAGCACAUAACAGCUUCCCUAAUGGAUCACUGUGAUAGAGCAAACAUGUGUCACUAGUAGUAGUCUGCUUGCCAUGAGAUGGUGCUCUCCAAUAAUGUGGAGCUAAUAACACGCAUAGGAAAUAGGAUUAAAGCUGGGCUACUCAUCUUCUGUUGUAAAAAUGCUCACUGUUGAUGUUUCACUUUUGUCUUUGGAUUGCUUUUGCAACUGGCCCUGAUACUCUAACAGGAACAUGUGUUUGAGAAUAAGGAGAGGAAGUGUAGGGCUCAUAUCAGUCAUGAGUUUACUUAUGUAGUCAUAUUCCUUACCUUUUUUAAUUCUUCCCACUACUGUAGUUCAAAUUAGUUCAUCAUGAUAGUUAAAGUGCUGGUGGUUAUUAUGAUGUUUGUGCUGGCUAUCAUCCAGAAAGUAAAAAGCAUCCAUCUUGAGAUAUCAGUCUAAGCCAGUAACUGCCAUAUUUUUGCUUUACAUUUAUUUAUUGUGGUGUUUAUUCUAGAUCAUGGUUAUUUUAAGAGACAUGGGCUGCUAAUCUUGUUAAUGAAGACUUGAUUUGUCUAAUGAUGCACACUGCAACUGACUGUUUAAAACAAGUUCCUAUCCUGAAGGAGGUGCCAAAGUGAAAUACUUUGACAUGUUUCCAUAUGCAGGUGAAGUGUUCAGUAAAACACUCGGUGGAAAUACUGGGGAGUUCAGAAGAGCUAA